AUGGAACAGCAGCACGCCGAGCAAGCUGCACACGCUGAGGCUCACCCAGCUGCAGCAACUAUGAACACACUCAACGCUGCACACUCGACCAUGCCUGACCCACGACCACAGCACGCGAGCGACAGCCAUGCUGAGGAGUCUCACUCGGACACGGCUCGGAACGGCGGCGGCAACCAACGGCAUCCGCACAACCGCGGCCGAGGCGGUGGUCAUCGUCGCGGCAAUGGCAAUGGCAGUGCUCACGCUGGUCGAGGUCGGGGUGGUCGAGGCGGCGGUCGCGGGGCUGAUCAUCGCGGCCAGAAGCGCCGCCAUGAGGACGACAACGACGGCGGCGAUCGUGCUGCCCGUGCCAGCGCCAGUGCCAGUGCCAAUGGCGACUCGAGUGAAGAUGAGGCGGGUGCGGGCGAUGAUGUCUCACGCAAGCGGUUGCGGAUGGAGCGGCGCGAUCCGACUGGUAUUCGGAUGAAGGCAUACGAGGAAGUGUACACACUGACUACACUGGAUCCCAAGAAAGCAUUCAUCAUUCGGUUGGAUGGACACACGUUUGGCACCUUCCAGCGCGGUUUCAAAAAGCCGUACGAUACGCGUUUUGCCGACUCCAUGGCAUUGACUUGCGUGGACCUCGUGAAAGAAUUUAACGCAGUGUUUGGCUACGCCCAGACCGACGAGAUUUCCCUCGUGUUUCUGCCCAUCAAUCCAGACGUAGCCGGAAGCGAGCUCCAGCAUGCUGGCAAGGUCUUGAAACUUGCCACGCUCGCGGCAUCGUUUUGCAGCGUGAGAUUCAACUUUCAUCUCAAUCGGCAAGAAUUUGAUCCGCAAACCGAAGAGAAGGUGUAUGAACGAGUUCGAGCACAUAUGGCACACUUUGAUGGUCGGGUUUUCAGCGUUCCCAGCUUUGCCGAGGCAGUUGAGAACGUGCUGUGGCGUGCAAAGUUUGAUUGCUACCGAAACUCUGUCUCUGCGCUGGCGCACCACUAUCUUGGGAAUCGGCUAUCCUUCGGGCUAUCGACCAAACAAAAGCUGUCCAAGUUGAUGCAAAUGGAUGUGGACUGGCGCGAAAUGCCAAACAAGUUUAAAUUUGGUACUUUUGCCAAAAAGGAACAAUAUCCCAAGGAAUGCGAAGAUCCUCGGACGCACGAAAAGCUCACAGUGAUGCGAACCACAGUGUCGUCGCGAUCUUUCGACAUUGACAUGAUUGCCAAGCCGCGGCUAGUCUCGCUUUUGUUUGCACGCACUUGGAACGACUUUGAUGCACACGUCGUUCCGAGCGAGCCCUUUGCUGAACUAGCUCAAGCGGCUGAUGCAGCAUCAUCAGUUUCAGGGACCGCUUCUUCCGAGUUGACUGCACCGCCAGCUGUUGAUGCACAAUUGCAACCCGAAAGCUGA